ACACUCUUGUGAAGCCAUGAUGUAAAAUUAAAUGAAUUGCAUAAUAUUUAUGUGCCCGAUUUUGUUUCAUGGGCAACUAUAGAUUAAAUCAAGCCCACCGGUUUGUUCCUAAUAAGUAAAUAUUUCACAAGCCAGCGUUUCAAUUAGAAAAUAUUUGAAUUAAGUACGUGAAAGCUUUAUUAUUGGAUACGAGUGCGCUGUAUUUCAAAUAUUUUAUUUGUGAAUUCUUCAGGAUUUAAUGCUGCGAUGUGCUUGCUUUCUUAUUACGGUAACCUUAAAAAGACCUGAUCAUUAAACGUUACAUCAAUUCACUAAUUUUAAAAUACCAUAACAAAACCAUUGUUCUGGAAGUAAUUUCGAAUUUUGCCCCAAGACCGUGUCCUAUUCAACCUCUUCCCCUUCACCGCUCGUUAUAUGAAUGUGCAUUAUGCAAAAACAGCCCACAUCUCACUCUGGAAAAUGGGCACCACCGCAUAUAAAUCAGACGACAGCAAGCCUGAAAGUGCCUUUCCAUUCGAUUAGAAACCAUAUAACCACAAAAUAAACUUUGAUUUACCUUUUAAAUAAAAAUCUGCCUUGUUUAAAGUAGAUAUUUCGGUUAAUAUAAGCUUAUAUUAAAAGUUUUAUUUAUUUGCUUAGGUGAACGAGCGAUAAAAUGCUGCUGGGCAGUAAAGAUGACAAAAGUAAUAGUGGACUGUCAUGGAAGUUACGAGCCCUGCUGCUCGCGAUGUGUGUCCUGAUAGCGGCUCACACCGCUGGGCUGCUUUUCGUGCUCCACCGGAACACGCGGCUCUCCGCCGAAGUCUCCCAGCUGGACGCGCGGAUGCAGGAGCUCUUGGAGAGGGCGGUGGUGGAGUUCCGCACGGAGGUGACCCGCCACCACACCGACCAGCAGGCAGAGCGACACCAGUACUCCCGUGACAAACGGAGCCACGAGCGGCGCAGUUCGAGCGGGCUUCACAGGACGGAGAAUCAAGACAUGAUGAUGAUGAUGACUUACUCCAUGGUUCCGGUCAAAGUGCUGGUGGAUCUGUGUAACAGUACACAUGGAAUCUGUCUGACAGGCCCCCCUGGAUCAAUAGGACCUCGUGGAGCUGAUGGAUUGCCUGGACACCUGGGGCCACCGGGUCCAAAAGGGGAGCCUGGAGCUGAGGGCAGACGUGGGCGGAGAGGGCCUGUGGGUGAGAAGGGAGCCCCAGGAGAAAAGGGAGACUUGGGUGAUCGUGGGCCUCCAGGAGCAAAGGGAGAGAUCUCAAACGAUGUCAUUAUAGAAGGCCUCCCAGGUCCGGUCGGUCCACCUGGAGCUCCCGGUCCUGUCGGUCCCCCAGGACCCCCCGGCCCACCUGGCCAACCCCGAAUCCGGAGCAGCAGGCACAAGUUGCAACAGGGUUUGUCUCACUCUGCCCCAAAUGACGAUACCCUCUCUGGAAAAGUGGCUCAAAGUCUUACAGAGGCAGCUUUCAGGAAAGCAGAAUGCAUCAUUAAAUCCAUAAGCAACCCCAGAAACGUCACCAAAAUGGCAAACACCUUCGGGACGUGGAUGCAGGACACAGCACUGCAAGAUGAUGAGCACAUCUGGGUUGCAGAGCAUUUCUCAGGUCGGAUGGUAAAGGAGUACAAGAGCAUAGCAGCUCUCCAGAACAACACCAGCAACCCUGUAGAUCUCAAGAAGUAUUUCCAGGGCUGUGGCCACGUCUUACACAAUGGUUCUAUCUACUACCAUGUUGCUGGGACCUCCAAAAUCGCCAAGUUUCACAUUCAAACCAAGAUAUUACACACCCUAACCAUAGAGAAUGCCCUCUACCACAGCCUAACCUAUCUCCUUUCCAACUCUAAGACCUACUUCAAGCUGGCAGUUGAUGAAAAUGGACUGUGGCUUAUAUUUGCUUCAAGUACUGAUGAAAACAUAGUGGUGGCCCAACUGGAUGAGAAGAGCUUCUCUGUCAGUAUGUCUGUGAACACGUCCUACCCCAGGGCCAAGGCUGGUAAUGCAUUCGUAGCUUGUGGUGUUCUCUACAUCACAGAUGCUAAGGACACCAAGGUCAUCUUCGCCUUUGAUUUGCUGAAAGGGAAGCCGGUAAAUGUGAGCCUUGAAUUCAGAUCAUCGAGCGGCGUCCUGGCUAUGAUGUCCUACAGUCCGAAGAAUCGGCAUCUGUAUGUUUGGGACAGUGGCUACGUGAGAGUGUACCAAGUGCAUUUUUUCUCAGACCAGUGAAAUCAGUCAGUACUCUCACACAAUUUGAGUAAAUGUAUUUCAUUUUAUCAUUUCCCUCGAAAAGCAUCCCUGCCAAAUGUUAGUUUGAACCAGAAAAAAGUUUUUUUUUUUUUUUUUUGGUAAAACGUUUAUUAAAGUACAAUUUUAGUCAAAAAUAUGGGAAAGAAAUACGAGCAGAUAAAAACUGGGGAGCCUCUGAGACAGAUUGGUGGGACAUUCGUAACACGAUCAGUCUAAACACAAGGCAGUUAACAAUGUUAAAUUGUCCAUAGACCGAAUUAUACACCCUUCAUUGACUGUUCUCUAAACAAGGGACGCACACAUUCAUCCUGACUGGGAACAUUUCCCCAGCAUUAGCACCAGAACAACUCUGACAGUUGGACCCAAGAUUUUCGGGGGGGGGGGGGGUACCUCUUGUCUGAAUGCCUUGUUCCCUCAUGACCCUCAUUCUGCUUUUCCCCAACAAACAAUACUGUGCCAAAGUCAAGGGAAUUGUGUUUAAAUGAUCUUCAAGUUGGUGUAAAACUGUGAUUUUAUGUCUGUCAAAAUGUGUUAGCUUAGCCAUUCCAAAACCUCUCCCAAAGGCAACCUUGUAUUUGCAGCGACCAUCCGAUACACCCAUGAAUUUGUUGACUCGACCGCUAGCACACCAUGUUACGCCAAUCGAUACCUCAUAAAGUUAUUUAAUUAAAUUUAUUUAUUAAGUGAACUAUUGGUGAAAUGUAACAAAUGCAUGGAAUGGCUGAGGUGCCCCUGAGGAGAGGAUUGAGAACUGAAGCGGUGUUCAUCUAGCCGUCCAACAAGAUAUCGGUAACUGUUUGGCGAACAGAAGAAAUCCCUGUUAAUUUUUUAUUGUUACUGUUCAUUUGCAUAUAUUCCAAUAUAAAAAUAUAAACAUUUUAUUUGACAA